CCCGAGCCCGAGCCCGAGCCCGAGAGCAGCGACAGCGACGCCGACGCCGACGCCGGCGCCGAGCCGGACGUGGCCAAUGCGCUGCCGGCCGCAAGCCACAUGGCCCAGGACUCGCGCUUCCACGUCAUUCGGCGCGCCAUACUGGGCAACACAUCGCGCACUGUUGCGCCGGCCGAGCGGCCGCCCGAGCACGUAAACAGCACGCACAAGUGGACCGUGUACCUGCGCGCCGCCGACCCGGCGCAGCCCCUGGCGGCAUACGUGCGGCGCGUGCGCGUGUUCCUGCACCCGUCGUACCGGCCUGACGACAUCGUCGACUUGGCGCCGCCGAGCUUCGAGCUGACGCGCUGGGGGUGGGGCGAGUUCCCCGUGCGCCUGCAGGUUUUCUUCCGCGACCGCCGCAACAAGCCCGUCGACCUGAUCCACAUCCUGCGCCUGGAUGCCGUUGCUGAGGCGCCGAUUGACUUUGAGCUGGAUCGCCGCGGCGCCGAGGACGCUGCGCCUGAGGCUCCGCGUGCUGCGGUGGGCCAGAACCCGGUCCUGAUGGCUGUUGCCGCAGCGCUGUGUCGUGCCAUGCCGCUGGCGCUGCCCGAUGCGCUGCCCUUUGCGUGCCCUGCGCCCGAGUCCGCCGAGGCCAUGCUGGCACUGGUGCCGCCCGCUGCCGCCGAGCGCUGGACGUGGGCCGUGGCUGUCGACGCCGACGUUUGGUGCAGCGACUGGCCGCUGGGCAAGCGCCUGGCCUCCGAGGCCGCGCGCAACCGCGAGCUGCGGCGCCUCAUUGCAGAUGCAUUUGCACCCAACACUGGAAACAUGCUGUUUGAUACGGUAUUUCGCUUGCUCCGCUCUGCCGAAGCCUCAAAGAUUGACUCUGACCGGGUACUGGACCUUGUCCGCUGCUCUCCUGCCACUGCGUGCGCCGAGGCUGCGGCCACGCUUGCCUGCUGGGCUGCCGAGCAUCGUCCCGGCGACCGGCCUCUGCGCAGCAAACCGGUCCGCGAGAGCCAGCAGAUAAUGCCGCUGAUGGGCUGGCUGCGCGCCAACAGCUUUGUACCAAUGCCUGUGCUCAACUCUGGCGAGCGCCAGUCAAUCUUUGGCGAGGCCACCGCGGAUUCUAUGUUUGCCGCAGAGCACACCGACGGUAAUCGCCAGGCUACCGCCGCCGCCGCUGCAAAUAGCGAAGAAACACCCAUGUCUGUGGCCAAGCUGCUGCCGCCGCCAUCUCUGCCGCUGCCGCCGCCGCCGCCACCGCUGCCUGAACUUGCCUUUUUCUUUUGCAAUACCUGCGGUGCUCUGGCCUCGCGCCCCAAAUCAGACACGCUCCCCGCUGUGCUGUACUGCAAUCCCGAAUGCAAGCGCACGGGCUGCACCCCUCACACCACUGUCUCGAGCGUUACCGGUGCCCUGGCUGGGCUGCCAAGCGGCUGGGACGUCGACCAUAGCGAUGCCGAUGAUGAUGCGCUGCUAAUGGUCGACGAUGACGCGUCCGCCUACGAGGUGCCCGCCAGCACAAGCGCUAGCAACAUUGCCGAUGUCGGCCACAUUGCCGCGUCCCUGCGCGCCUACCAUUUGGCCCAGCAAGACGAGCGCACCUUGGCCAACGACGACGAAAACAACAAUGAGUUCGAGGACGGCGACGAUCCAGACGACGCAGACGACAACGAAGUAGAUAAUGAAAUUGACGAUCAGGCUAUUGACUGGAUCUGGUCGGCUAUCCGACCAUUGGAACUCAACUGUGCGCCUGCUUCUCGCUUUUCAAAUGCCCUUUCGCAUAACGCAAAUGCACCUCAGGAGCUGGUGCAGCUGCCUAACUGCAGCGACGAGGCCUUUGGUGAGGCCUUGGACCAGCGCUUGGUUGUCGGUCGCGUUCUGCUUGAUGUCACAAAAAUGUUCCUCCGGGAUCUCAUUUCUGCCUCGGACAAAUCUAUGCGCAAGAACAGGGUUGCUAUCGCCGGACCUGUUGCUGGAUCUGUUGCUGGAUCUUUUGUUGGAUCCGCGCCACCAAACUCUGAGAAUCGCGGUUUAGGCCAAGACCUGCUGAUGCUCACUCCGCUUCACGUUCUGGCUGCUGUGAAAAAUGACCCCGAUUCUUUCGAUAUAUGCUCGAACGCGUAUCUGGCUGCCGAUGUCAAUGAGCCUAAUUCAGAUUAUUUGCAGUAACAAAAAAUGGUUUUUUUCUUAGCGGUUUUGUUUAUUGUCUGUAUAUACGGCAUUUACUGUUUGAACUAUUUCACAGAAAGAUAAUAAUGACAUUUAAAUGCUUUUUUGGAUUGUAUUUAACGAAUAUGUCAUAUUUGGAAAUC